AUGCAAAAAGAGGAAUCAGACCCGAACAAGAAUUUCUCUUCUUCAUCACUAAUAUUUAAAGAGAGUACGAACCAACAACGGUCUUCGGAUCGAGUUUAUGAAAGGGAUCAUCAACAGCAACAUUCAGGAUCCCACGAAGUUUCACCUCUGAAUGUUGUCAUUUCAAGUGCUUUGGCUGGUUGCUUGGCAAGAAUUACGUUACAUCCGUUGGAUACCAUAAAAUCGAGAAUGCAAGUACAGAUUACUAAUCCUGAACUGAGCUCCAAACUGCCUUCGGUAUUGUUUGAAGGUGGACAUGCUUCAGUGAAAAGCUCAGAAACUGCAAACCUUCAUACCUAUAGGAAUACAUUACAUGCCAUUCAAUCUAUGGCAAAAUAUGAAGGAAUUCGAGGGUUUUAUAAAGGCCUUGGGGCUUCAUUAAUAUUUACUGGACCAGCCAUUACUUUGUAUCUAACGUCGUAUGAAUUUUGUAAGAAUAAUUUAAUGAGAAUGGGACAUAAUACGUUUAAGAGCGAUUCGUUUUUGGCAAGAAAUUUAGGAGGAGAAACUGCACUUGUACAUUUAGUGAGUGGAUUAUUUGCAGAGAGCGUGAGUUGUAUAUUUUGGGUCCCUCAUGACGUGCUGAAAGAGAGAUUACAAGUUCAAAGAGGAAAUCAACUCACUCUCUCUCAAUUGAUUAAGAUUGUAAGGCACGACGGAUUUUUACAACUUUAUAAGGGCUACUGGAUUACUCUUGGUUCGUUUGGACCCUUUAGCGCCAUUUAUUUUCUGACCUAUGAAAAAGUCAAGAACUUUUUUCAACAACGUCAAACGCCAGGAACUCCUUUGCCAUUUUCAUUAAUUUUACUUAGCGGUGCUGUGGGUGCUGGAUUGGGAUCCUUUUGUACAUUACCAUUGGAUGUUAUUAAAACUCGAUUUCAAGUUCAGAGAAGGACCAAGCGAGUUUAUUCUGAGAAUGACAUCAUGUUUUACAAAAAUUUUGUGGAUGCAGUAAGAAAAAUUGCCAAAUAUGAAGGCCCAAAAGCGUUCUGGAAAGGUUUUACGAGUAGAAUUAUUUAUGCUGCACCGAACUCGGCUUUAAUAAUGGCCUUGUUUGAGUUUUUCAAGUCAGAAUUUGAUUUUAUUAAAUAG